AUUGCAGUUAUGCACAUCUCUAGCUAUUUCAACUCCACGUUGUUUUGCCUGGUGAACGAUUUUAAAUAGAAAUACGCUAAAAACAAAAAAUGGGGCGUAAAUUUAUAAAGAAAAAAAAGGUUGACCAGCUGGAAAUAGUUCCACUAGAUGAGAAUCCACCGCUACCAAGUCAAAGACCAUCGGACGAUGUGGUUCCCAAGAAGGAAAAAUGGAUAAACAAACAACGCGUUUUGGUAUUUGCGGCACGUGGUAUAAGCCAUCGUGACAGGCAUCUCAUGCGCGACAUUAAAACUCUAAUGCCACACCAUCGACCCGAGUCGAAAAUGGAGAGAUCAAAGACGCUAGCAGUUGUUAACGAAAUGUGUGAAAUGAAGCACUGUAACAAGGCCAUGUUGUUUGAGGGACGUCGUAAACGGGAUUUGUAUAUGUGGGUGUCCAACACAGUGGGCGCCACGGGCCCGUCUGCCAAGUUUCUCAUUGAGAAUAUUCACACAAUGGCUGAGCUCAAACUAACAGGCAAUUGUUUGAGAGGCUCUCGGCCGCUACUUUCCUUCGAUGCCAAGUUCGACGAGCUGCCUCACUUAAAACUACUUAAGGAACUGUUUGUGCAGACAUUUUCGGUACCCAAUCAUCAUCCGAAGAGUCAGCCCUUCAUUGAUCAUGUCUACACCUUUACCUAUCUGGAUAAUCGUAUUUGGUUUAGGAAUUUCCAAAUACUAUCUGAAGACGGUGGCCUCUCGGAGGUUGGUCCACGCUAUGUAAUGAAUCCUGUAAAGAUAUUUGAUGGCUCAUUUACCGGCAAAGCUAUUUGGGAGAAUCCCGACUACGUAAGUCCUUCCAAACAACGACAAAUGCUAAAGAAGGCAGCUAAGGACAGAUAUGUAAAUCGUGUGGAGCAAAAGGUGCAACAGGAAGCUACGCGUCCCAUUAAGGCUUAUGAGGGCCUUGAUAAUGAAGAGCUGUUCGACGAUGAGGAUCCACUAAAGACAGCCAAGCUGCUGGCACUUAAGGCAAAAAAGCAAUUGGAGCAGAAGAAAACACCCAAAGCAGCGUUGACCAAGAAAAUCAAGGACAAACAAAUGGAGGCCGUAAAGCAAGUGAUCGAGCAGCGUAAGGCAAGGGUCAAACGUGUGAAAAAAGUUUAAAAAUGUUUUAUUUCGCGU